UCCAAAAAGCCAGGCUGGUCACAUGAUCGGUGGAAGGCAGGCAGAGCUUUCGAAGAGGAAGAAGAGCUUGGCGAGUGAAGGUGGUCGGGCUGCAGGAUUUUCCACAGCACUGGCUCACCAGCCCUGAUCAUGAAGCUCAUCAAUUCUGCCUUCCUUCUGUCCCUAAUCCCUUUGGCUCUGGCUCUGGAAAAUGGACUUAUGAGAACACCUCCAAUGGGAUGGCUUUCAUGGGAGCGGUUUCGUUGUAAUACAGAUUGCAAGUCAGAUCCCCAUAACUGUAUUAGUGAGAAGCUCUUCAUGGACAUGGCAGAUCGUUUGGCCAUGGAUGGCUGGAGAGAGCUUGGCUACGUUUAUGUGAAUAUAGAUGACUGCUGGACAGCAAAGGAGCGAAGUGCUACAGGGCAGCUCAUUCCAGAUCCUGAGAGGUUCCCAAGUGGAAUAAAAGCAUUAGCAGAUUAUGUGCACAGUCGUGGGCUGAAGCUUGGCAUUUAUGGCGACAUUGGCACCUUCACUUGUGGAGGGUACCCUGGCACCACAUUGGAUCGAAUUGAACAAGAUGCUCUAACAUUUGCACAAUGGGGAGUGGACAUGCUGAAAUUUGAUGGCUGUUACUCAUCGUCAGAUGUGCAGGCCCAAGGUUAUCCUAAAAUGUCCAAGGCUCUGAAUGCAACAGGCCGUCCUAUUGCCUAUUCCUGUAGCUGGCCAGCCUAUCGAGGGGGACUUCCACCUCAGGUGAACUACACUCUCCUGGCAAACAUAUGUAAUCUUUGGCGAAACUACGAUGACAUACAAGACUCUUGGGACAGUGUCCUCUCCAUUGUGGAUUGGUUCUUCACUAAUCAGGAUGUCCUUCAGCCAGUAGCUGGACCUGGUCAUUGGAAUGAUCCAGACAUGCUCAUCAUUGGAAACUUUGGCCUAAGCUACGAACAGGCUCGCUCCCAGAUGGCCUUAUGGACUAUAAUGGCAGCUCCCCUGUUCAUGUCCACUGACCUCCGUACCAUCUCUGAGAGUGCCAAGGAGAUCCUACAGAACAAACUGAUGAUCAAAAUUAACCAAGACCCCUUGGGAAUUCAAGGACGCAGAAUCCUUCAGGAGAAAUCCCACAUAGAGGUGUUCCUGCGGCCACUGUCACACUCAGCCAAUGCUCUGGUUUUCUUCAGCCGAAGGACAGACAUGCCUUAUCGCUAUACCACCUCCCUUGUUCAUCUCAAUUUUACACAGGAUGUUGUGUAUGAGGCACAGGACGUGUACACUGGUCAAAUCAUCAGUGGCCUGAAGGCUGCAGACAACUUCACCGUUGUGGUUAAUCCCUCUGGAGUAGUCAUGUGGUAUCUCUACCCGACAAUGUAUUUGGACCAGCCUUUCAGCUUUGUGCAACAGCACCCUGAAGCCAGGAAAGCCCGUCCUUUCACCUUGUGAUCUUAAAAAACCAAGAAGUUGAAAUUAUUUUGCCAGCACACCACCAGGAGGCAGAGUUUCCUCCUGACAUGUCUGUUGGUGCCUGUAAAAGAGAAUGCAAAAGGUGCUGAUUUUACACAAUUAGUGUAAAAUCUGAGAUUAAGCAUCAGGCCUAACACCUAGGGCUGAAGGAAAAUUCAGUCCUGUAUUAUGAUAACAUUGAUUCAUUGGGAAAAUAGCAUUGCUAAGGAUCAGGUAUAUUAAGAUAAGACAUCAUGGCUCAUCUUAAAAAUAUAAAAGGGGAUAAUAUAGGAUAUUUCUAUAAAAUGGUGGAGAAUGAGCAAAGAGUGGCCCAUCAGAUGUUUUUGAAGUGCAAUUUCCAGUCAUCACUAUUUACUAUGCCUUCUAGGAUUUAUUGGCCUUGUAGUCGGCAGCAUCUGCAGGGCCACAAUUAGCCCACCUCUGUCAUAGGAUUAAAAAUGUAGCCUUUGWUUUUUAGAUGGUCUGGAACCAUCUUCCUUGAUCAAAUCAAUACCAGUUCACCCUCCUCUUCUCCUUCAUUUGUGUAUACUGCAAGGUUUCCCCCCCC